AUGCGGGCCUCUCUCCUCGCAGUUGGCUCUAUAGCCAGUACUGCAUUCGCCGCGGGCACAACUCUUCCUCAAGGAUGGUUCACUUUCCAGCCCGGCGAGAAGCUCAAGCAUACCCAAUUCCAAGGCCAGCCACGAUAUCUCACUUGGAUGGCGGACUCUCAAAUCCGGCAUGGAGUUGAGCCCACCCUUGCUUAUACCGUCUCCGCAUACUACUCCGGAGUCCUUCGAGCCUACGAUAGAACUGGUGAUAAGAAGUAUUUUGACUAUGUUAAGCGUGGCGCGGACAUCCUUCUGUACCCCGAACACGAUGGUACUGUUCUCAUGUACAACAAAAGCAACUCUAUUGAUGAUAUUCGGAUUGGUCAUACAUUCUUGGAUAUGUAUAAUUCAACGGGAGACGAGAUUUACAAGAAGGCGGCGACGCACAUGCGUAAACAGAUUGAUCGCACAGGCCGCACGCCUGAUGGAGGAUUCUACCACCGAUUUCCGGCGUAUAUCGAUCAAAUGUGGCUCGAUGGCUUUUACAUGCUGGACGUCUUCUACGCGCGCUGGACCCACGAGUUUGAACCCGACAACAGCACUGCGUGGGACGACAUCGCUCUGCAGUUCGACCUCAUCGAUGUAGGAACGCGGUCAAGCAACCAUACCAAUGGUCUGCCUGUUCAUGGAUUCGAUUACAGCAAGACCCAAGUCUGGGCUGAUCCUGAAACUGGAGCUGCACCCCAUGUCUGGAGUCGCGGUGUAGGUUGGUACAUCAUGGCGCUUGUGGACACUCUCGAUUACUUCCCUGAAAGGCACAAGGGUCGCAAGCGCCUGUUGAAGUAUCUUGAUACCCUGGCUGAUGCCCUCGUGGCAUCUCAAGACAAGGCUACCAAGGGCUGGUGGCUUAUUAUGGACCCUGGUCUGGAAGCCAAGUCUGGCAACUAUAUUGAAAGUUCAGGAACAGCCAUGUUUGUCGACGCUCUUUUCAAAGCUGUUCGCAAGGGUUAUGUUAAGGGUGACAGAUAUCUCAAGGCAGCCUUGGAUGGCUAUAACUUGAUGACUACUACCUUUGCCCAGCCUCGCCCACAUGAUGGUUCUUUAGCUUGGGAGUGGACUGUGCAGACAGGUAGCUUGAGCUCCAACGGCACUUUUGAGUACUACGCCAGCAUGCCUCUAUUUGAGAACGAUCUCAAGGGAGUGGCCCCAUUCUUGUUUUCCAGCUAUGAGUAUGAGCUAUACCGCACUAGGGCUUCGGGUUGGACGUGA